AUGACACGCGUCAACACGAUGGGAUCGCUCGAAGAGACAUGCGCAUCACUUCGCGCUCAGAUAUCGGCUACCGAAGAACAGUUGGCUGGUCUCAAGCGCGAUCUGGCUAGCGCUGAAGCGCAGUCAGUGUGCGAAAACCAGAGCGACGAACAGCGGUGGCCAUUACUUCAAGAGGAAUACAAAAGAUAUGGAAGACAGAUGAUUGUCUCUCAAAUCGGACUCCAAGGCCAACUCAAACUUCGAUCGGCCAAGGUCCUGCUUGUCGGAGCUGGAGGCCUAGGAUGUCCAGCUGCACAGUACCUCGCCGGUGCAGGAGUCGGAACUAUUGGGCUCAUUGAUGGUGACACUGUUGAGGUGUCGAACUUGCACCGGCAGGUGCUGCAUCGCACAGCAAACGUGGGGAAAUACAAAGUGGACAGUGCAAUUGAAUCUUUGCGCGAUUUGAAUCCACAUCCCACGUAUAUUGCGCACCGCACUCACCUCACCCCCAACGAAGCCCCUGCGAUCUUCCAAGACUAUGACAUUAUCCUCGACUGUACUGAUAACCCCGCGACGCGAUACUUGAUCUCAGACACCGCGGUCCUAUGUGGGAAGCCAUUGGUUUCCGCAUCUGCACUGCGGACGGAAGGCCAGCUGAUGGUUUUGAAUAACCCCCCUCGAGCACCAGGGGACAAGACCGGAGGGCCAUGUUAUCGAUGCGUGUUUCCCAAACCGCCCCCUGCCGAUAGCGUGGUCAGCUGUGCGGAUGGUGGUAUCAUUGGGCCAGUGGUAGGGACAAUGGGCGUUCUGCAGGCGCUUGAGGCAAUCAAGGUCGUCACCACACCAGAGCCAGCUGAAGGCACCACUCGCCCCCGCGAUCCUCCGUCUCUGCAUAUAUUCUCCGCGUACUCCUCGCCUCUCGUGCGCACCAUUCGGCUCCGUUCGCGCCGGACAAAUUGCGCGGUGUGUUCUGCGGAGGCAACUGUCAGCUUGGACACGAUCCGAUCUGGAUCAACGGACUAUGUCUUCUUCUGUGGGUCUGCCAAUUUACCUUCGCUGCUUAGUCCAGAGGAACGAAUUUCGGCACGGGAAUACAAUCAAAGGCAAUCGGUACCUUCUGAGUCGCACACAGUGAUAGAUGUACGAGAUGAGGCUCAAUUUGGGAUCUGCAGUCUGGAAAAUAGUAUUAACAUUCCCAUCUCAACUGUUCUUGCGUCCAGUUCUGCCAGGCCAACAGAACAAGCUGCGCAAUUGCCUUCUUGGGUCCCAUCCGAACUUGCAAAUGACUCUACACACCCGAUUUACGUUGUUUGUCGCUUAGGCAAUGACUCACAAAUUGUGGUGAAGAAGAUGAAAGACCUUGGACUCGAUCAACAUGGAAAGAGAUUCAUCGGUGAUAUUCGUGGUGGUUUCAAAUCAUGGAAGGACCAGGUAGAUCCUGAAUGGCCUGAAUACUAA